AUGAGUGGAUUGGUGAUCCAAAGACAAGAAGCAUCGGUUGAGAUUUGCCGAUAUGAACAACGAUGCUUUGUGAGAGAUGGAGAUGGAGAUAUGUUGAGCAGUGAUUGGUCGGAAUUCAUCGACCUAGAAAGAGGUAGUGGAUCUGUCAUUGGCUUUAGCAAGCUAGAUAGCGACAUGUCCAAGACGGCAAGAGCGACGGUGAAGCUUUGCAAAGAUGAACCCAUGAUGCUUGAACAGGGGAGAAGCGACAGAUCUGGGGUACAUGCGGAUUUGAAGGCUCCGCCGAUUUUUGAAGGUGCGGCUGCGCCGGAGAGAGUAUCCCCCGUAAGUGAGAGGGAGUCACGGUCAAUUCUGAAACAACUGGUGGUGAGAGGGUCGAGGCCACGACCAUCCGUACAGAUCUACGAACCAUGGUGA